AUGGGCUCCAACGCAGUUAGCCUCGACCUCCGUGGUCUCACGCCCGCUCCUGUCACUCCGUUCACCAAGGAUGGCAAAGUAGACUACGACGCCAUCCAACGUCUCGGCUCCUGGCUCGGUAGCAUUCCUGGUGUCAAGGGUCUCGUCGUUCUCGGCCAUGCCGGUGAGGGUACUUUCCUGACGCAAGAAGAGCAGAUUGCCAUCAUCAAGGCCUUUGUAAAGUCUGUCAACAACCGCAUCCCUAUUAUCGCCGGCAUCACUGGCGAGGGCACCGAAGUUGCCGCCCUCGAGGCUAAGCGCGCUCGUGAGGCCGGUGCCACGGCCGGUCUCCUGUAUCCUUCCCACGGCUGGCUCCGUUUCGGCUACCAGCCCGGCGCCCCACAGGACCGGUACAAGGUCGUAUACGAGGUCAGCGGGCUGCCGCUUAUUCUCUUCCAGUACCCGGACGUCACCAAGGCCACAUACAACCUGCAGACACUUCUCGAUAUCUCAGCGCAGCCGGGUGUGUUUGCGAUGAAGAACGGCGUCCGUAACAUGAGGCGCUGGGACACUGAGAUCCCCGUCAUCCGCCGGGAGAGACCUGAUUUGCAGGUACUUACUUGCCACGAUGAAUACCUCCUCCACACGGCCUUUGACGUGGACGGCAUGCUCGUCGGCUACGGUAACAUUGCACCGGAGGAGCUCAUCGAGCUGAUCAAGGCCGGCAAGGCAAAAGACUACCCCAAGGCGAGAGAGAUUCAUGACCGCCUUUUGCCAGUCACUAAGGCUGUCUACCACCGUGGAUCGCACAUGGAGGGCACAGUGGCGUUGAAGCACGCGCUUGUUGCUCGAGGAAUUCUCGAGCACGCCACCGUAAGAUCGCCUCUUUUGCCUUUGGAAGAUGGCGCCGAGAAUGAAAUCCACGCCGCUAUCUCUUCUGCAGCACUGGCGCGGGUUAAAUGA